GGUGGUUCCCUAUUGGAAUCACGUAUGUAUUUUAUUUCACCUGUUGCAAAAGGUGCUCUAGCAUAUUCUAACGUUAAUGCUGAAUGGCUUACUGAGGCUAGACAGAAUGCAGUAUAUGUUCCUGAAGAACCUUUCUGUCAUAUGGGAGUGUUCACUGGUCACCCAUCUCUACGGAUUGGCGAUGCUCCGCAUUUAAUUGAAAUGUGGGGCAACGACUCUAAAAAUGCGUUAAUAAUGACUGAUCCAGACUUCCCUCUUAAUGAAGUUUACGCUCCUUACGAAGAUCUUGCAAUCAGAGCUUUCUAUUAUCCUAUUGAAACUCGUCUUGAAUUUUCGCAUGUGAACUCUACACUGCUUCCAGUAGAACUGCGUCCGAAGGUAAGUGUUUUGAUUUAA